UCCUAGGACAAAUUAAGAAUGGUUUAUAAGUAUAAGAAAAGUAAUUCUUUACAAGUUUAUUAAAAAAUAAGAAAAAUGUUAUUUAAGAAAGUGUGCGUUAAUUUAAGUUCCUAUUUUAAAAUUGGCUUAGUACCAAAAAAGUAUAGUAUUAUUGCCUCUGUCUUAGACAAACCAAAAAUCGGGGAACUAACUGAAGUUAAGGGAUGGGUAAAAAGUCUUCGUAUACAAAAAGAAUUUAUUUUUGCGGAUGUAAACGAUGGGUCUUGCGCACAAAAGUUACAGAUUAUUAUUCCAAAAAAUCUUGAUAUUGAUGAUACUUUAACAUACGGUAGCUCUGUUCAUAUAACUGGAAAAUUAUCCAAAAGUCCUAGAGGACAAUUAGAACUACUAGCGGAAAAUGUUACUGUUCUUGGUAAAUGUGUAGUUUUGGAUGGAUACCCAUUUAAUCCCCGCACUAUACAUCCACCAGAAUAUAUUAGGCAAUAUCUUCACUUACGAUCACGCACAAAUUAUAUGGCAGCAGUCUUGAGGGUACGUCAUGCUGUCACAAAACAUAUACAUGACUAUUUUUCAAAAAACAAUUUUCUGAACAUCCAUACUCCAAUAUUGACCUCCAAUGAUUGUGAAGGUGCCGGUGAAGUUUUUAAAGUACAACCUGAAAAUGAAGAAACCAUGAAAGCUAUGAUGCAAGAGGGAAGAAAUAGAGAUUCAGUUUACUUUGGUGCCAAAACUUUUUUAACAGUAUCUGGUCAACUACAUUUAGAAGCCAUAUGCAGAGGAAUGGGUGAUGUUUACACACUGGGACCCACAUUCCGUGCAGAGAAUUCCAGAUCACGAUUGCAUUUAUCCGAAUUUUACAUGCUAGAAGCAGAAAUUGCAUUUUGUGAUAGUAUAGAAAAACUACAAUCUUUUAUAGAACAUUUUUUGAAAUAUUUGUUUGUUGUGACCAGGAAUACUAAUGAUGCUGAUUUAUACCUAAUAGAUAAAAAUAAUAAAGCGCCAAGCUGGUUAAAUAAGCAAUUUUUAACAUUGACUUAUGAUGAAGCAAGAAAUAUUUUGGCUGCUAAAGGUUUAGAUGUUUCAGAUGAAGGUAUAAAUAAAGAGCAGGAGUUGACUUUAGUAGAUUACUGUCAAGCUCCUGUUUUCAUUGUACAGUGGCCCAAAAACUUAAAAUCAUUUUACAUGAAAGAAUCUCCAUUGGAUGGUACUAAGGUUGAUGCAUUAGAUCUUCUUGCACCACUCACAGGGGAAAUUGUUGGAGGAAGUCUCAGAGAGGAUGACUACACAAAGCUUGAAAAAAAGUUACCAUCAGAUGCCCUAAAAUGGUACUUAGAAUUGAGAAAAUUUGGGAACAUACCUACUGGAGGUUUUGGUCUUGGUUUGGAGAGAAUAUUACAAGUCUUAUGUAAUGUUCCUAAUAUAAAAGAUACUCUUCCAUUUCCAAGGUGGCCACAUAAUUGUGAUAUGUAAAUAAUCUUGAUUUAAGGUUUAUAAAAUAGUGUUGUUCUAU